CAAUCCCAGCUGGGCAUUCCAGUCUGACGUUGACGUGACGUUUCGCAUCGCACUGACGUGAUGUUUUUAUUUCUUUGCUCUCGUCUCGUUCCUGAAAACACAGUAUUCUUGGUGUAGUCUUGCUUCGAAUAGUGUAAAUACUGGUUACCAACAGUAAGACGUUCGCAGGCAAAAACCGAUUUUCAAGUGGUAGGGGAAUCUUGCAGUGAAGUUCGUCAUUAGCUUUGAAACCAGGAACGUGUUAAGAGCAGCGAAGGAUAAAAGUUAACCAGCAAUGAACCGGAAAGCGGCCGCGGCCUGCGUGGAGAAGGCUGUGUCCUACCUGUCCGAGGGAAAAAUAGAGAAGGCCGAAAAGUUGCUCUCCAAAUCGUUGAGUUUGCAUCCAACGAAGCGAGCCGAAGAGCUGCUGGAGAAGAUCAAAUGUGGUGCGUACACGAAGCGUACUUCCGGAAACGCAUCGGACGAUGGCUUGCGGCAACGACAAACGGCCGCGGGAGCGAGUGCACCAAAAACUGAGUCCGCACCCGAAGCGGACUACACACCGGAACAGCUGGAAGCAGUCAAGCGGAUCAAAAAAUGUAAAGAUUACUACGAGGUGCUAGGAGUUACGAAGGAAGCGACCGACACGGACAUUAAAAAGGCUUACAAGAAAAUGGCCUUGCAGUUGCAUCCGGAUAAGAACAAGGCCCCGGGGUCGGCGGAGGCAUUCAAAGCGAUCGGGAAUGCGGUGGCCAUAUUGACCGAUGCCGAGAAGCGUAAGUCGUAUGAUUUGUACGGCGCCGAUGAGCAACAUCCGACCACGACCAGAAGAACCCGUGCCCAGUACGAGUACGCUUAUUCGCGUGGUUUCGAAACGGAGUUUACGGCCGAGGAGUUGUUCAACAUGUUCUUCGGAGGAAAUAUUCCCACUCAGCACGUUUACAUGAGGCAGCGCCGGUUUCAUCGGGCUGAACAUCAGCAACAGCACAGAGAGACGCAGUCGGGAUAUGCAGCAUUUAUCAAUCUGUUGCCAAUAAUUCUGUUGAUUGGCCUCUCAAUGAUGUCGUCGUUUUUCAUAUCGGAUCCAAUCUACAGUUUGACACCUAGCCAAAAAUUCUCUGUUGCUCGCAAGACCAAUCAACUUAAGAUCCCGUACUAUGUGAAAGAAAAUUUCCACUCGGAGUAUCAAGGAUCCGUGGGUCGUCUCGAGGCAUCCGUCGAGGAAGAGUAUCUCAACAAUCUGAAGCACUCGUGUUAUCGGGAACGAAAUUAUAAGGAAACCAUGCUAAUGAAGGCCCGCAACUUCGGCGACCGGGAUCUGUAUUACAAAGCGCAGCACAUCAAUACGCCCUCGUGUGAUAAACUGCACAGCUUACACAACAACUAGUCACGGUCGAUCGUCAGGGAGCUAAAUUGUCGUCGUAGUUGUCGACCAUUGUUAAAUAGCGAAUUUUCGUCAAAUGAAGUCAGAUACCAUUUUAUUCAUUUGUGUGAUCCUGAGAUUGAUAAACUGCCCAGCAAUCUGCAGCCCAAUAGUGAAUGAUAAAAGUCUUCAUAGGAUUUAUUGGGUUGGGAGCGUAAAUUGAGUUUCUUCCUUGUUGGACCGAUUAAAGUUUUAUUUUUGUAACAAAAGUGCAUGUUCCCCAUUUUUCGUUAUCCUACCAAGAGCAUUUUCAUUAGAUAUGUUAAGAAUACUGCUGAAGGGAUAUUCUUUGUAAAUCUUCUGUGAGAAGCCACACAUCCAAGAAUGUGUAGUGGACAUUAUUUAAUUUAUCUCAAUUUAAUAUAUCUAAACCAAUUA